CACAUCCGGUCUCUUUACGGCUUCGCAUCGUUCCAGCAUGGCGGACACCGGUGUGGUGGAGACCCUUCUGCGACGGCUUGAGAAGGUGGACGAUGGCGUGGACAGCCUGGAAGCAGCGAACAGCCUUGGGGUGGACCACCAGGUCAUCGUCGGUACCGUGAAAAGCCUGCAGGCUCUCGGCGACGUCAUCUCAGCGGAGUUGCGCUCAUCCAAACACUGGGAGCUGACGGAGGAAGGCAAAGAGAUAGCCGAGCAGGGCAGUCAUGAAGCCCGGGUCUUCGGCUCCAUUCCUUUGGAGGGUUUGGCUCAGAGUGAGCUCAUGAAGCUGUCCUUUGGGAAGAUUGGCUUCAGCAAAGCCAUGUCUAACAAGUGGAUCAGAGUGGACAAGACGCAAGAGGGGGGGCCAAGGAUAUUCAGGACUGUGGAGAGCAUUGAGGACCAGGUAAGAGAAAAGCUGCUCUUGGUCCAGAGAGGGGUCAGCUCUCAGCUGGAGGAGAAAGAAAAGAAUGAGCUGAAGAAGAGAAAGCUGCUGUCUGAAGUGACCGUGAAGUCAUACUGGAUUUCCAAGGGCAACUCCUUCAGCACCACCAUCACCAAACAGGAGACGGAGCUAACUCCUGAGAUGAUCGCAAAUGGCAGCUGGAAAGAGAAGAAAUUUAAGCCCUACAACUUUGAGGCCCUGGGUGUGGCACCAGACUGUGGGCAUCUGCACCCACUGAUGAAGGUCCGAACACAGUUUAGGCAGAUCUUCCUGGAGAUGGGCUUCACAGAGAUGCCAACCAACAACUUUAUAGAGAGCUCUUUCUGGAACUUUGACUCCUUGUUCCAGCCUCAACAGCACCCUGCCAGAGACCAGCAUGACACCUUCUUCCUGUCUGACCCAGCACUCGCCCAUGAGUUCCCGCAGGACUAUCUGGAGAGAGUAAAAAAGGUCCACUCAGAGGGAGGCUAUGGCUCACAAGGGUACAAAACUGACUGGAAAAUAGAAGAGGCUCAGAAGAACAUCCUCCGCACUCAUACCACAGCUGUCAGUGCACGCAUGUUGUACAAACUUGCACAACAGGAGAAGUUCACCCCUGUUAAGUAUUUCUCCAUCGACCGGGUGUUCAGGAAUGAAACCUUGGAUGCCACCCAUCUAGCCGAGUUCCACCAGAUCGAGGGUGUGGUGGCCGACUAUGGGCUUACGCUGGGGGACCUGAUGGGUGUCCUGCAUCAGUUCUUCACCAAACUAGGAAUUACCAAGCUUCGCUUCAAGCCUGCCUACAACCCAUACACAGAGCCUAGCAUGGAAGUGUUCAGCUACCAUGAAGGACUAAAAAAAUGGGUGGAAGUGGGAAACUCGGGGGUCUUCAGACCAGAGAUGCUGCUGCCCAUGGGUCUUCCUGAAGGCGUGUCAGUUAUUGCCUGGGGACUGUCUCUGGAAAGGCCCACCAUGAUUAAAUACGGUAUCAACAACAUCAGAGAGCUGGUUGGACACAAGGUAAACCUUCAGAUGGUCUAUGACAGCCCAAUAUGUCGACUGGAGUCCUGAGGCUCACUCAACCUCUGUCACUAUCAUAAUUAUUAUUAUUUUGAAUGGACCUACCCUACCUUGACCCUUUCUUCAUUUCACCUGAGAGAGCUCUUUAACCAUCUGGUUGGACUGAAAACAACUGUAGUGGUAGUUUUAUCCACACAGAUCACAGUUAGCGGUACUCAAAGCGCUUAGCACAAAGAAGCCAUCUUUUGUGUUCAUGAGAUACUGAGUCAACCUUCCAACAUUUGUAAAAGUCUUAAAAAAAACGGCUAAUCUUUUUUUUUUUACAUUAUGCUGCCCCAGCUAUCAUAGCAAAUAAUCAAUUUGUACAGGAAAAAUACUACUUUUGAAGGUUAAAAUAAAAAACUUUUUCCAAAUACCAA